AUGAAAAACGUUGAAAGCGACAUUAUCCCCGGACUGCUCGCACGCGCUACUCCUAGCAUACAACUGGAUAGUGAUAGCGACGUGGACGCAGUCGAAGAGACGGGUGUUGAUAGAUCUUACGUAGGCAUUAACUUUGAGCCACCCCUCCCUGUCAUUCCUGUGACAACAGCAAACGAAGAGACUACUACGGCAGACUGCCCCAGAAUUUUCAAAACACACGACGAAAUAUCACAGAUGAAUUUCCAAAGUCUAGAGAAGGUUGCUUCGCAAAUGUGGGUGAACCGUGUAGAUGUACCAGUAGAUUGGGCUGAUAAAGACCAGUUCACCGGAAAAGACGCACCGAAAGCCAUUAUGAAUCCUCGAUAUUCCGCGACAUGGGAUCAAAAUAGCAUGAACAAUGACGAUAACGAAGAAGGCCCAAGUGCACGGUAUGAUAACGAUCGCAAUCGUCCUCGCAGACACUUGGCCUACAGGCAACAUACAUAUCCUCCUCCCGGCGAAGGAAAUUCUUUUAACCAAAACAGCAAUCGCGACAGAAAUUACGCUAAACAGCCAUAUGGAUAUCAUCGGAUGAAUUAUAAUGAAAACAAUCAAAACCGUCGAAGAAUGAAUUCAUAUCCGCGAGACACGCAACAGUCACGAAGACAAAAAGACAGAAAAUUUGAGAACAGCAGGUCUCCUCCACGUCAACCAGGAAAUCAACGUCCCUUCAGAUGGAAUCAUCAAGACAAUCGAUCGUUCACUGGACGGGUACAUGUCUUUAGCGAAAUUUACAUGUCCGAUCCGCCCAUGAACGAUGAAAAUCUGGGACGUUCAUCACGAAUACAAUCAAGUGUACGCAUUUAUACAGAUGUGACGUCGGGUCGCGAAAAUGAUUUACUUUGGCGCGAUGUCGAUGACCCUACUAUACAUGAUACUGAAGAAAGUGUUAUACAAGAAAUUAGACGCAGGAUGGGAGAAGAGCGCGAUGCAAUCAAAAGUACCAGAAAACAAAAAUCAGUACAGUCGCACCACAACGGAAAAUCAAAAGAAACCGCUCUGGCCAAUCUACGCGCUGUUCGUCGCAGAGAUCCCCGUGAUUGGCUUACUGUACUGCAUUCUCAAAGAAUUAAUUUAUUCUCAUCUCAGUCCCUUUCGUCGUUUUCCCAUUAUGCGAUGGAAUUGACGAUAGAAAUGCUUGCUUCACCACAUGUGUCGAAUACAAACGGAAUGUUUCGUGACAUCGUUGUAAUAUUAACAGAUCAACCGCCGUUUUUUGUUAAAACUAUUAGAUACCUGUUGGAACACGUUCAGUCGUUCGAGUUGUUUAUGCCAAUAUUGCGUCUUUUUGACGCUAUUUGUCAACUAAUACCAAAGUAUUCCACAGUCGUGCCGGUGACAGAGAUGGAAAUGAUUCUAAAAAGAUCGAAAUGGGCAAUAAGUGAAGAAGAAUGGCGCGAGAUUUCGGCAUUUUUUGGCAGGAUUGACGGUCUUCAUAGGACAGUCGACCAACCAGCAGUAGAUCAGAACUUACGUGAUGGCAAACGCAGGACUGCCAACAAUGAACCGCAUACUACCCCUAUUAGAAAACCCGUUAUACCCGAUGUUGCAGAACUCUUCGACAUUGCUUCUCUUUGCAAUAAGGAUAAUGUUUUUCGCGCCAACCGUUUUCGAAGCCUGGAUCCUAGAAAGUUCAUCGCUUACAAGGAUGCGUAUUAUUCUCUACUUUGCAAAGAACUCCUUGAACCACUUCAAAAGUCGCUUUUAACAUGGAUCAAUUACGAAAUACGUGCAUCUUCUUCGCCAAGUUGUUCACCAUUAUCGGAACAUGUCUUUUAUGAUAAUGUACGGGUCGUCAAUACUUACAUGGAGAGGUCAUACCAGCCGUUGGUACGCGUGACAUUUAAACCAUGUCGUGAUAUUGAUUGGGAUCUCGGGCAACAUCUCAUUUAUGGUACAUUCGUUAUAUUAUUCAAAAUCUCAUCUCUUGAUGAUGGGAAUGAUGAAUAUCUGGAAAUAGAUCCAUCCAGUCUGAUAUGGGCUGUCGUUAAAGACUUUGAUAUUAGGGAUUUAAAAAAUGCAAAGACUGCUGGCAGUUUCGUCGGAUUAAGUUUUGAGCCCAAGGAAUUCGACAAACUCGACAUUCAGAGUACGUACAUAAUGGUUGAAUCUACAAUACAUUAUCCUACCAUUAAUUCCUUGUUAGAAUGGUUGAAAUCUCCCGAAUGCUCCCUUGAGAAGAAACCAAUGAUAUCUAAACUGUUUGGGACGGAAAUGGACAAUGGUCCACCCUCAUAUCUUUAUAGGAGGAAGUUGGAUUUUUCUUCUAUCAUGAGACAUGAACAGCGCAACACGGUUUUCUCGGCAACUUCACAAUGGCCCGGUCUUGAUUAUGACACAGAUGAAGCAAUAUUCAGAUAUGACAACUCUUUUGUUGGUGCCUUGAAAACCGUAUUAAAUCAUCGAAUUUCUAUGGUUGUAACUCCGAUUGGUACGUCUCGCUCGACUUUUGCAUCUCGUGCGAUUAAUAUUAUGUCUCAAGCCCUUCAGAAUAAUAAUUAUCACGAACCAAUAUUACUUAUAACCCGAACUACGCAUAGCCUCGAUGAUAUUCUGACUGAAUUAAGAGAAUUGGGUCAGGAUUUUAUUCGGCUUGCUUCGAUCGAUGAUUGCACUGACGACGAAUUGAAGAAGCGACAAAUAAAUAAUUUGGCAAAGGAAUUUCAUGGUCAACAUAGAGCUGAAUUGCGAAACUUAAAAGCCGAACUUGAAGAAUUACGGAAGUCUUUCAGGACGUACUGGAGAGAUAGAACAUUUGCUCUAUCUGAUGAAGGAUUUAUCAAACUUGCCCCAGCGUUUAUCAGUGAUCAAUUUGCCGACGCACCAAAGGGGAUUAUUAAGGAGUGGCUCUCUGGAAAAUCACAGGCCGAAGCUCGUAGAAAUGCCAACGACUCUCAUAAGCGUGUUCCUAAUGUUAGCACGAAGAGUGGCGCAAACACAAGGGAUUCAAAAUCCAGUCAAGAUAAUAGGCCAGGUACUCGUCACAAGACAAUUCACAUUCCAAGUGUGAAGUGGACAAUGGAUAGUCAUUCUUUGGCUAGCCUUGAACGUAAAGGAUUGGCACGACUUUAUGAUUCCAGCAAUUACGACUUUGAUUCGGUGACAUUGGAAUUUGUAAAUGCGGAAAGGCUUUUAGUUGAAUUAGAAGAAGAAGAUUCUUUAUUUGUCAAGAAUUGGCAUAAAGAAAAUGUCAUACCUCAGAAUUAUAAACCGGAACUGCCUCAAAAUCUCUAUAAAACCAUAUCAGACAUUUGGAAUACUUAUAGACGACGUGUUUGGGGAUUGGAUUACUUUCAGCGUCAAAAAAUUUGGGAAUGUUAUCAAGGCACAAUUGAACAGCAUUUUGAAAAAUUGAUCAAACGCCUUCAUGCAAGAUCAUAUGAUGCGUACAAAAAAUUGGGGAGUUAUAGAAUAGGAAGGUGGGCCGAAGUAAGCAGAUUCGCUAAUGUGGUAGGAAUGACAGUUGCAUAUGCCACAUCUAGCCGUAAACUUAUAGAAAUGCUGUCUCCUCGUAUCUGUGUAGUUGACGAAGCUUCAGAGAUAUCAGAGAUCCAGUUGAUGUCUUGCCUCACGAGUAAUAACUUGGAACAGUUAUUACUUAUUGGGGAUAAUCGUCAUUAUCACAAGCCUUAUAUAAAAAGUGUGGCUGCAAAAGAACUCGGUUUAGGUAGGACGCUCUUUGAAAGACAAAUCAAGGAUGUUGGCCCAAAAGUUCUACUAGAACAGACACAAAUACAUGCUGAAAUAUAUCAAUUGAUUAGCGGAUUAUAUUCUGAACGAAUAGAGAGUCCUCGACACCGAACAUCCUUCCGAGGAAUAGGCGAGCUCGCUGAUCGACUUUGCUUUGUCUCUCAUGACAACAUACAUUAUGGAUCGACAAAUAUUUCUGCUAAUUGUAACGAGUUUGAGGCAAAAUUUGUUGCUCGAUUUGCAAGGUAUCUUUGUCAACAAGGCUAUCAACCCCAAAAGAUCACUAUCCUGACACCGUACGUCAGUCAAAAGAGACUAAUCAGCAAAAUGGUAGGCCAAUACUUUAUGGACGCAGGCCAGGACAAUAAAAACAAGAGCAACGUUGUUCAAGUUAACUGCAUUGAUGAGUUUCGCAGCCAAUACAAUGACAUUAUUAUUAUAUCUUUGGUGGCUGUCGAUACAGACUAUCAAAAAGAAGCGUUAAAAUAUAUUGACAUGGAAGGUCGAGCUCACUUUGCAUUAUCGUGCGCCAGGCAUGGCUUGUUCAUCUUUGGUAAUGAGGAAAUGAUGACUGCAAGCAAAGUCUGGGAGAACGUUUUGCGUAAGUUAAAACGCAAAGAUCGGGUUAGCGACUGCAUAACGACCUCAUGCAAACGACAUAAGGAUUUAACUUUACAUAUGAAAUGUGCCGAAGACUUUGAUAAAUACGCACCAGACGGUGGAUGUUCGGCUGAAUGCGAGAUCUGUCUCCUCUGCGGGCACGCAUGUCCGCGUAAAUGUCAUCCUGAGGCCCACAAGGACGAACAAUGGAUAUGUACCCGUAGGUGUUCUCGCCGACGUCCUGAAGGCUGCACCCACCAAUGCCCUAACAAAUGUUAUGAAUGUCAGCAAGAGGGAUGCCCUCCGUGUAUGGAAGAAAUUCAAAUCGAAUUGAACUGUAGGCAUUUAUGUAGCGUCAAAUGUGGGGAUAUCAACGGAAAAAACUCCUCCUGGGAGUGUCAGCAAAUGAGUGUUCACAGACAAUCUUCGUUGAAUCUCUUGGAUGCGGGCAUAUCACCCAAAUUCAGUGCGGCAAAACUCCUGUUUGUAGCAAACAAUGUGAACGUCGACUUCCAUGUGGGCAUAUGUGCCGUAAACGAUGUGGGACCGAGCAUGGGCAUGAGAGACAGGAUUGUGAUGCGCCUUGUGCGAAAAAACUUAUCUGCGGACACCAUUGUGAAAAUGGAUGUAAAGCACCUGAUCAACACACUUCAGUAUGUCUGCGAGACUGUAGAAAUCGGUGCAUGCAUGGCAGAAGAUCUUGGAGACUUUGGUGAGGACGAGCGUGUAUACGUGUUGCCCGAUUGUGGUUGUGUCUUCUCGGUGGAAGCUCUCGAUUUGUACUUCCAGAACCCCGCGAAGACAGAAAAUCACGUCGCUAUUAAGCUGUGGGAAUGUCCCAAAUGUCAGGCCCCGAUAUUCACCGCGUCUCGAUAUAACCAGUAUAUCAAAAGUGGGAUACAACUUUGGAAUCAGAUAAAGACACAACAUUGUAAAAAACUUACUCAGCUGACAGACGAAGAACGACGGCAGGUGAUCGAAGCAAUGAAUUCCGAGAACUCAAUUGGAGAGUUUGGUAUGGUGGGCGGACGUUGGUUUGUAUGUCCGAAGCAACACCCUUAUUAUAUAGGUGAUUGCGGUGGUGCUACUCAAAUUUCCAAAUGUCCAGAGUGUGGUGCUGUCAUAGGUGGUGUCAAUCAUAAAAUAGUGCAGAGUAAUAAAUUUUAUGGUGAAUUUGACGGAUCGACACGACCAGCUUGGCCUGGACAGGAUUAA